AUAGAUGCACCGGGAGCAUCUGACUGUAUAAAAAGGGAAUGCAGUUGCAGUGGUCAGGUUAUUCCGAUGGCGAUCAUGGAUCGAAGAGUGACUGCGAUUUGUUUAGUUAUCCUGCACCUGGUGGGCAAUGGCUUUUGUUUCCAGGAUAAGGCUCCCAUACAAACGAGCCUGAUUACCGGACAGGCUAGGAAUGAUAAGCAGCAACAAGUGCUGGAUGAUCCGCUAGGAAGUGGACGCGGAAUCGACGAGCACCUGCUGAAGACCAUUGGUAAGGGCGGCAUCAAGCUGGUGAUGGCCUCUGGCACCCCGACGACCACCCCGAAACCGUCAGUACAACAUCAUUACUAUUAUCCACCAGAGGAUCAGCAGCAUCCGCGCCAGUACGGCUAUGGUCCUCCGCCGCCCUGGUCGCCCGCUCCGCCCGUUUACCCGCCGCCACCGCAGCGUCCUUGGGGGCCACCGCCUCCUCCAGGACCUCCACCAGGGCCACCACAGCCCCAGCCGCCCUUCUUCAAUCCCUACUACAAUGGCUACAACUACUACGGCGGCUAUGGCGGCUAUGGAUAUGGGGGCUAUGGUUAUCCCGGCUAUGGCGGUUAUCCUGGCUAUCCUGGCUAUCCCUACUAUCCAUUCUACCGCUCUUCGGCGGGCGGGGACGUUGAUAAUCAACUGCCCGGUCCCGAGGGACUAACACCCUCGCCAAUUCCGGGUGUGUUUCAAGGCAGGACAGUGCUCUCACAGAACUUUCUAGAGGGCAGAAACAACGCCAACAUUGUGCCAUUAUAUCACCUGCUCCAAAUGGCCAGGGCUUAAAUUACUGUGAACGAAUGCUCAAAAAACUGAAUAAAUUAUAUAUUUUAUAUA